GUGACCCCGUAAAUGUAUCCUAGAGGGAGAGAAAAAGUUCAAAAGGUCAAUCCCCAAAUCACCCUUGAAUAUACGAACUUUCUAAUUGUCUUACAAGUCAAUGUUGAAAAUCAGUUAGUAAACUUUGCUAUGGUCAAGUCAACUGUAGCACUAUUGUUCAGAAGCACAUCAGCUUUGAGAAAACGCAAAACUAAUGAAACACCUGAACAACAUUUAACCCAAGUUACACAUUUAUACUUGAAUGGCAAAAAUUUAGACGAAGUGGGUUAUGAAAUCACACUGUGUCAACGCUUGUCUGUUCUGUACUUGUAUGAUAAUAAACUGAAAUCGAUUCCAGCGUGUUUAAAUUUAUCCCAGUUGACACAUUUAUAUUUGCAAAACAAUCAAAUAAGCCGUAUAGAAAAUUUGAAUUCAUUAGAAAAGUUAGAAAAACUUUUCCUUAGCCGAAAUCAUAUCAAUCUAAUCGAAGGUUUAGAAAGAUUGACCAAGUUACAAGAAUUACGAGUGGACAAUCAGUUCUUGGAUAGUGGAGAACGUUUGAUUUUCGAUGAUCGCAGUUUAAAUGCCAUAGCUAAUAGCCUGACACGUUUGGAUGUAUCUGGAAAUAAAUUGGAAAGUCUACAGGAUUUAAUCAAUCUUCAUGCCUUGAUCUCCUUGAGUGCAAGUAAUAAUUUACUACAAUCAAUUAAUGACUUGGCAAGUUCUCUGAGUCACUGGCCAGAUCUAAAAGAAUUGAAUUUACAUGAUAAUCCUGUAAUGAAGACAACUCGUGCAAGAGAUAUUAUUAUUCUGAGUGCAAAACGUUUAGAAAUAUUAGACGAUAAGGUUAUAUCUAGACCAAAUAGACAAUUUAUAGAAAAUUGGAACCAUCAUAAAAAUCUUAGCAUUGAAUCAUCAGAUAACAAUAGCUGAGAGUUACUGCAGAGACAACUAGCUGAAAAACUGUUUAAUCCCCUCUCUUCUACUGCCAUCAGAAAAGGAGCUUUAUACGCCAGCAAAUAUUUUUCACUAACAUUCGAGAAACGAAAAUAACUGUGGUCGGAUACCUUCAACCUGCUCUUUUUUCAGUAUAUUAUUUCACUGUUUUACGAACUAGCAUUUUCUUUUAACAUAAAACAGACUGAUAACAAUCCUUUAAAUGGCUGGUGAAGGCAUGAGCAGUUCGUCAAUUCAACCUAGAAAAGGUUUUCUCAAUCGUUGUUGUAUCAAUGAUUUUUAAAUCUUCCUUUCUUUUUUCCAUUCUACUUUUACUGAAUGAUUCCCUAACACUGUUCUUACUGUUUCCUUCACUUUGUUCAAUUUCUAAUUGUUACUUCCACAGUCCUGUUCAUUAUCACUUAGUUUAUUUUUCUUGUCUCUAGAAUGCAAUUUUGGUUCAUUGUAUCUAUUACGCCACUGCCUCCUAUUAUAAAACAACAUUCCUCUAUGCAUUUUAAUUCCCCAUAUAUUUGAAUUCUCUACAUUAAUAUUUUCAAGUAUCAGUGGUUAUUAUAAAAUACGCAAAAAGUGGAAAUGUAUCACUUCCAUUUUUAUUUGCAACUAAUCCAAUUCAUUUAUUAAAUUUAGUACCGUAAGUCCGAUUAUCCCGUGUAAAUUAUAAAAGAAUUCAAACUUAUGUAGUCAUUACUGUUAUUAAUACGAACUAUUGAUUAUUUC